AUGCCAUCUAUCCAGCUGCCACUGCUGCUCCUCUGCCUGACCUUGGGUGGUGUCUGCCUCAACCGGGGACAGCCCCUUCUAGAGGGAAGUGAGAAGAUGGGAAGAAGUCCCCUGGAUGACAUCCUGCAGAGAUCGGAAAGCCUCAUUCUUCAGUCUGUCCUCAAGAAAGCUGAAAAGGAAGAGAUGAAUAAAGAAUCAAAUGGCCCUCUGUCAGAAUGGCUUUCCAAAAGACAACACCCUGGGAAAAAGUACCUAAGUGACCUGGAGAAGAGACAGCAUCCUGGAAAAAGAGAUGUUGAGGAAGACACAUCUUAUGGAGACAUUCAGAAGAGGCAGCAUCCAGGGAAAAGAGAGAUGGAAGACAACCUUGACGGCUACCUGGAGCUGAAAAAGCGACAGCACCCUGGCAGAAGGUCAUUGUCAGACCAGUAUGCUGCCAGCCCUAGCGCACAGCUAACCUACUUGAAUGAGUUAUCCAAAAGACAGCACCCAGGCAGAAGGUAUCUGAUGUACAAGCGCCAGCAUCCUAGCAAAAGAGGCUGGAAUGAUGAGGUAGACCUAAAUGACCAACAUGGUGAGAAACGCCAGCACCCUGGGAAAAGGCACUGGAAUUCUGACAGCCCAGAUGAUGCAGGUCCCUGCAGUGCUCAGGAGUCCUUCACCUGUAACAAAGGCAGCUUCUUGCUUGAUUUAGUAGAAAACGUUAGUAAAGACAGGGUAGAAGAAAAACGUCAGCACCCAGGAAAGAGAUCAGCAUGGGAGAGUGAGACAGAGGAAUGA